UUUCAGUGUGUGAGUCAAAAGUGGAGGUCUGCAGCUCGGCUACAUUUUAUGGGAAAGUCAGUUUCCCACCAUUGUGUCCACGGCGGUUGCCAGACAUUGACAGGGCUUGUAGGCUGUGUGUGUAUGUGUGUAGAACAGACGCUGCUGGUUUCAAAGAGCAGCACAGGAAGAGGCAGAGUUCAGAUCGUGUUGGAGCCUCUGAGGUGAAGACAGGCAGCUCCUCCAGAGCUGCGAGUGUCUGGCUGCUUUUCUGGACUGUUCCUGUUUUUUUUCAUGUUGCCAUCCUUUGGUUGUGGAUUGUUGGCCUCCUGCUUUUGAUUUUGAGCGUGGCGGUUUCCCCGGUGUGGCCUAGCCGGAGGUGCUAGUGGCAGUGGUGAGCUACAGGGCUGCAUGCCAUGGGCUGUGUCUUCUCCCUGCCAGAGGACAGGAGAGAUGCUGCUGAGAGAGCACCCACCACUAGAGAGACGAGUUUCAUUGAAAAAAUGAAGAAAACGGGUAAGAACAUCAUUGUUUUCUAUGGCUCCCAGACGGGCACAGCAGAGGAAUUUGCCAACAGACUUUCCAAAGAUGCUCAGCGUUACGGCAUGAAAGGAAUGGCUGCUGAUCCAGAAGAGUAUGACAUGGGUGAAAUGUCUCGUCUGUCUGAGAUCACAAACUCCCUCGCCAUUUUCUGCAUGGCCACCUAUGGUGAAGGAGACCCCACAGAUAACGCCCAGGACUUCUAUGACUGGCUGCAGGAAAAUGAUGAUGAAGACCUCUCUGGACUAAACUACACUGUAUUUGCCCUGGGCAACAAGACAUAUGAACACUACAAUGCAAUGGGAAAGUAUGUCGAUAAAAGGCUGGAAGAACUCGGGGCUAAACGCAUCUUUGACCUUGGCCUGGGAGAUGACGAUGGAAAUCUAGAGGAAGAUUUCAUUUCAUGGCGAGAGCAGUUCUGGCCGGCUGUCUGCGAGCACUUUGGAGUGGAAGCUCUAGGAGAUGAAUCAAGUAUACGACAGUAUGAGCUGAAGGAGCACACCGACAUCAACAUGAACAAGGUGUACACAGGAGAGAUCGGCCGUCUGAAGAGCUUUGAGGUCCAGAAGCCACCCUUUGAUUCCAAGAAUCCUUUCCUGGCCCCAGUCACUGUCAACCGAAAACUCAACAAGGCCGGUGACAGACAUCUUAUGCACCUGGAAUUAGACAUAACUGGCUCCAAGAUCAGAUACGAGUCAGGAGACCACGUUGCUGUUUUCCCCACCAACGACUCUGGAUUAGUGAACAGGCUGGGACAAAUCCUUGGAGUGGACCUUGAUGUGGUUAUCUCCCUCAACAACCUUGACGAGGAGUCCAACAAGAAGCAUCCGUUCCCUUGCCCCACCACCUACCGCACAGCUCUCACUCACUACUUGGACAUCACACACCCUCCCCGCACGAACGUCCUGUAUGAGCUGGCUCAGUAUGCCUCUGACCCCAAAGAUCAGGAAAACAUGCGCAAGAUGGCUUCCUCCUCACCUGAGGGCAAGGCUCUUUACCAGAGUUGGGUGUUGGAUUCUUGUCGAAACAUCCUCGCCAUCCUGGAGGAUUUGCCUUCUUUGAAACCACCCAUUGAUCACCUGUGUGAGCUGCUCCCUCGCCUGCAGGCUCGCUAUUAUUCCAUCGCCUCCUCCUCUAAGGUUCAUCCAAACAGUAUCCACAUCUGUGCCGUAGUGGUAGAGUACGAGACUAAGACUGGACGUAUCAAUAAGGGAGUUGCUACAAACUGGCUGAAGAACAAACUGGUCACUGACAAUGGCCACAAGUCCACUGUCCCCAUGUACAUCCGCAAGUCCCAGUUCCGCCUGCCCUUCAAAGCCACCAACCCGGUGAUUAUGAUCGGCCCUGGGACAGGAAUCGCUCCUUUUAUGGGCUUCAUCCAAGAGAGGGGCUGGUUAAAACAGCAAGGAAAGGAGGUUGGUGAGACGUUGAUGUACUUUGGCUGCAGACAUAAGAACGAGGAUUACAUUUAUCAGGAGGAGCUAGAGGAGGCAGAAAAGAACGAGGUCCUCACAAAACUUCAUGUCGCCUUCUCCAGAGACCAGGAGCAUAAGAUAUACGUGCAGCACCUCUUGAAGAACAAUAAGGAGGACAUCUGGAGGCUGAUUCACUCAGAAAAUGCUCAUAUCUACGUCUGCGGGGAUGCAAGAAACAUGGCUAAAGACGUCCAGACGGUCUUCCACGAGAUUGCUGAAGAACUGGGCGGAAUGACCCGCACUCAGGCUACAGACUACAUCAAGAAACUGAUGACCAAGGGACGCUACUCACAAGACGUCUGGAGUUAAAGAGCCUCAGACUCUGCCUCAGUGUCACUAACGAGUGGUGGUUUUUAAAUUGUCUGUUUUUUACUGUAUGUCUUGUUUUAUCAGGACUAAAUAUGGAAAACCAUCAAACACUUGUUCAUCACCCUGGUUCAUGAGUUGAUGAGGCAAAUCCUACCUCAGUCGGUUGUGUUCAGCAAACCCAUUCAGUAACUGUAUUUGCAUUGUACAAAUGUUAGGUAUCAGGACCACCAGUCUGUGUCUGCUGGGGUUCUAACAACAGUUACUCUGUCUGGUUUCAUUCAGAGUCUCUGAUGUAAAUGAAUGAAUUGGUAUUGUUGAGUAUUUAACUACAGCUGUUGGUGCUUGCAGAUCAGAUGUACGAACCAGCUUGUACUGAAAUUCCUCAAUCAUAAAAGCCUACUUUAUAAUAAUGCAGAUAAAUUUUGAUUGUUUUUAUGUAAAUGAGUCAUCAUUUCAGCUGUACAGCUUUUUUAAAUGAUGACAAACUUUAAGUGGAGAGUAAAUCUGUUUUGUGGGCUUAGGGCUUUGGAUGUACAAAGUAUAAUCCCAAUGUGAACAUGAAGAUUAAAAAUGUGUUGAUAAUCUCUUUCAGUUUGAUGAACGGCAAAGCAGAUAAUAUUGUGCCGUAUAAGUAAAUAUUACAAGUACUGCAGGUGCUUUCUCAUGUUCCUCUCUGAUGUGAUUGUAUUGCUUUUGAAGUUCUAAAAAUGCAUUGAAUAUUUUAGACACAAGAAAACAGGAGGAAAAUAUUCUGAUGGUGUCUCAGGCAUCAUACUGUAAGUACUAUCAUGCCUAGCUUACUUUUUUGACUAGAGAUUUUCUUCCUUAUGCAUUAGUUCGGCUUUACUUAAACAGUAACCUCUGGAGUCAUAAAAGUGAUGCAAAGGGGAAGAUAAUUUUUAGAAAAAACAUGAUAUCAUGUGCUUUGCGUUGUGUUUCCCCAAAAGCCUGCCAUCAAACAUGAUGAUUCUGUAAACUGUGAUAUUUGUAAAUUGUUCAAACGAAUGUUGGCCUUGAAACCAGAUCUGAAGGUUGUCUAUUUGAUGCACCUGUCAGCAGAGGAUUAUGACAUGGGUCUGGCAUGCAGCAGUAACACUAAGGACAUGUGACACCCACCUCUGUCUGAUUGUUAUAUGUAUGUCUUUUUUGUUGUUUAAAUCUUAUAUUUUCCAAUCACAUAUGCAUAUGGAGAAGAUGAAUAGUGGCUCAUAUCCCAGCACUAUGGUGUGAAUAUGGAAAGUUUGAGAAAGUUGAAAGAAAAGUGAAAGGGCAGCCUGUGCCUUUUAACAUUGCUUAUAUUUUAAGUUAGCAUUUAAACCCUGACACUUCACUGCCUUCUAACAGUUUUCUUUUUCCCAAUUUUACAUGUUAAUAGAAAGUACUUUACAUAGUACUGUCACUUUUUUAUUCAUUCCACUUUGUUUUGUAAUUUUACAGUUUUAUCAAAGCAUGUCUUUUUUAAUGAAUAAAGUUGAAAUAAUCUGUAAAUUUGACUUUUGUGAUUAGUUUUGUAAAAUAUGCUUUUUUACCAUCAGUGGCUGUUGGGUUCGGAUGUAGUUUUAUAAACGUUAUUUUUGGGUGUUUAA